AUGGCGCCCCGGCCUGUGCUGUUCGUCCUGGCGGCCGCUGCCUGCCUCUACCUCUUCUCUUCCAGCGCGCCCCAGCAAGAGGUCUUCGUGAUCCAGAGCCCGGCACUGCGCGGCCAGGGCGCCUUCGCCGGCAGCACCCUGGAGAUGGCGGCCAUGGAGUCUCCGAUCGUGCUGAAGGCCCUGCCUGAGCCCCGCCCCAACGAUGCCAUGCUCCCGGUCGAGUUGAACCGAACCUCUUUGUACUGGGGCCUGCUGCUGAUCUGCAUCCUCUCGGUGCUCUUCUCCAGCUACUUCUUCAACUGA